AUGUCGUCGAUAUAUUCCAGUGAUCGUACUGAUCGUGCCAGCGCGAGAGAGAGCUCUAAAUCUGUCGGGCAAGCGAUACAAUGGGCUCAAGCGUGGAUCGUGGACGGCCAAAACACAUCGACAGCAGCAUCCACCAUCUCGUCACGGUCAAAUCCCAGCAGCAAGGAGGAUGAGCUCGAUCUCGACGCACUAUUCAAACGAUUGGAUACAUACACGGCCGAGGUGCAAGAGCUCGAGGAGCGGCUGAAACGGGCUCGAAGCAAUUCCGAAAAGUCCGAUGGCGUCAAUGUCGAGCGCUUCUCAUUCGAGGAGAGCUACACACGGGAGAUGAACAAGGCUUUGACGCCACCGGGGCCGACGUCUAUCAGCUCGUCCACAGUAUCGCGGCAUCACCAUGCUUCAUCGAAUGCCACGGAUGAGGAUGAAGGUCAAGCGCCAGUUGACUCGCCGAGCAGCCUCUCCAAGAGCUCUCCCAGCAAAUGUGCUACAUCCAGCGUGCCACUCGAGUCUGACAAAGCACCAGUCGAAGAUGACGCGAGAACCGAGGCUAUUGCCGCUUUUCAGGACCACGGCCAACCACCAGAAGCACGAGAAGACCAGGACGAUCCUCAGCCAGGAGUAUCCGGAGACUGGAGAGCAUGGGCCGAGCAGCGAAUUCCCUCUCCACAGCCAGAGCACGAGCGUAGCAGGAGCAAAUUUUCGGAGAGGAUGGACUCAAUUCAAACCUCGCCAAAUCGCAGGUUCUUCUGGAAGACAUUGUCCCCAUCACCACCCUUGAAGGAGACUCGCAGGAGCCCAACUCUGCGUGAAGCUCACACGCCGGAUUCGGUCGUAGAGGGUCAAGCCGAACGCGAACUAGAAUACGAUGAAUACUUGCUUGAAGACGACGAAGCCGGUCCGUCAGUUCCAACGUCUUGGUCUCUACUGCCGAGGAGCUCGAGUAAGAGAGUGAUGAGUAACGAGUCUCUGCCGCCCAGAAGUUCGAGCAAGAGGGCAAUAAGUGACGAGGUCGUGCAGGAGCAAGAGAGUACAGCACCCAGACCGACUCCCCGCAGAAGGACGACUACCAGUGAUGGACGGCCAUCAAUCAGAAAUGGUGGAUUCUGGUCGAACCCCGGCGUUGGUGUAUUCGACCAAGGCGAUGUACCGCCUGUUCCCGCGUUAUCUCAGUCAACCUCAAAUGCAACUUUAACAUCAAGCCCGCCGCUCACACCUUUGACAAUUGGCGGUCCCAGAGAGGACCAACUGCGCCGUGAGCUGGAGACUUUGUCAAUCCAAGAUGGUGCAGAGGUGCUUGAGCACCGGUACAAGAAACGACGUCCGCCCAUGCUCAAUCUGCUCGAUUCUGAUGACGAGGGUAAUGAAUCGACACCAAUGCCGACUUCGUUGCGGCCAGAUCACUCAGGCUCAUUGCAUGAGGGAGAGGAGGAGGAGGAGGAUGACGAACGCGGCCUCCGACCAAGACCACGACGGCGUAAAAGCAUAUUCAGCAUCUUCCAGAGGAAGUCCCCAGUUGAGAAGCUGAUCGACAUGUACUUCGACGACGAGCCGGAAAAGAAGCCAAUCCCCAAGAGGCGGUCGACUUGGUCCAGGAAGGGAUCUCCUGUACAGGAGAAAAUGCCGAUGAGUCCUGCCAUCCCACCGCAGUUCCAGGCACUCCAUGAAAAGCAGAGCUCUCUUUAA